UUAUCAUAAAUGGAAGCAAAUUCUUCAGCUCUUUCAAAAAUUUCUAGAACUGAAAAAGAGAGGAACAAGAAGGAAUACCGACUACUCUCAAAGCUAAAUUAUAUACUUCAAGGAGAGUUCCAGUUUGGGGAGAGAGACCCAAAUCAAAACAGAUCUCUGGAUUUUGCCAGACUUGAGGGUUUCAUGAAGAAAGCUUCCAGAUUCCCUGUCUUCUGCUCAUUCGUGCACUGGGAUUUUAAUAUUUUUCUUAAUGAUGGUGUUUAUUGUAAAUAAGCAAGCUAUCAAAUUCAUUCAAAAGAAACUCUUACGGUUUAAUUCUUUGGAGAUUGCUAAUACAAAAUUCCCGACUCAAAGAAGUCAAAGGCAAUUCUUGCCUGGUAAACUUUGUGACUUGGCAAGGAACAUUAGUUUUAUCACUGAGAGAGUCUAUUUAAAUGGGCUUGUAAUAAAUGAAAAAGAGCUCAGAUCUCUUUUGAUGGCAAGCUGAAAUUUAAAAGAGUUUAGAUUUGAAUUCUGAACAAUUCUGAAUGAAAACAAGAGGAUUUUUCCAAAAGCUAAAAUUAAGAUUGAGACUAUCUUCUUUUUAAAGAGCGGAGUGCUUAAUAUCAAUAGCAAUAAUGCAGAAAAUUCCAAAGGUGUAAAGAUGUCUUUAAAAAACCCUAUAGUUUGUUCAGCUAAGUCUUUGUUGGACAAUCAGAAAGAUCUUUGGCAUAUCCUCAACACCAUAAAAUCUUGAGUUGAUGUCGGCUUUCUAAAAACAAUUGAAUUUAAAUGCUGAAGUGUGAACCCUCUUCACCUCGAGCAAUGGAAGGAAGCUCACCCAGAACUGAGUACAAUCAAUAUUCUCUCAGAUGAAUAUCAACAUUAACUGGCUUGUUAAUGUCUAUGAAUUAUAAUAUUUUUUCUGCAAUA